AUGGAUACCUCUCGAAAGCAAUCCGGAUCCUCAUCUAGCCUACGGCAGAUCUUAAAUGCGUGGGCGAACAAAGUGGGCCUUGUCCCCACAGAUCAGUUUCAUGAUGUCUACGGUCUUGACGACGAGUUACUCUCUAUGGUUCCUCAACCUGUCAAAGCUGUAGUCCUUCUCUUCCCGAUCAGAGGACCCCUUGAAGGAAUGAGGAGACAAGAGAAUGAGAAAAUCACAACGGAAGGACAAACACCUAUAGAUCCGACGAUCAUCUGGGUCAAGCAGACUAUUUCCAAUGCAUGUGGGACCAUGGGAUUGCUGCAUGCACUAGCAAAUUCAAAUGUAACCAUCAAGCCAGAGUCUCCUUUGUCACAGUUCAUCGACGAGUGCAAAAACAAGACACCCCUAGAACGCUCUAAACUUCUGGAAGAGACUCCUCUUUUUGCCGCUGUUCAUGAGGAAUUUGCAUCCUCUGGCCAGUCUGCUGUUCCCGAAAAUUUGGACGUGGAUCUGCACUUCACGUGUUUUGUUCAAGCUUCUGCUGCAUCCGCUAGAGCGGCUGAGACCGAGACGAUGGAGAUGCGUUUGAUUGAACUCGACGGAACUCGGAAUGGCCCUAUCGACCGGGGGACAUGUACAAACCUUCUGAAGGAUGCCGCUACCUAUGUCAAAGAGAAGAUGAUUCCGAACGUGCCUAGUGCACAAUUCAGCAUGAUGGCUCUUGCAGCGGUGCUCUGA